UCGGGUUGCUGUCCCAAACCUUAAUGAAGCUGUACAGGAUGCAGACUUGCUGGUUUUUGUCAUUCCUCAUCAGUUCAUUCAUAAGGUCUGCGAUGAAAUCACAGGACGAGUGCCCAAGAAAGCUCUCGGUAUAACUCUGAUAAAGGGAAUAGAUGAAGGCCCAGAGGGACUGAAACUAAUCUCUGACAUUAUUCGAGAGAAGAUGGGAAUAGACAUCAGUGUGCUGAUGGGAGCAAACAUUGCCAACGAAGUGGCAGCAGAGAAAUUCUGUGAAACCACGAUAAGCAGCAAAAUCUUGGAAAAUGGCCUUCUCUUCAAAGAACUCCUGCAGACUCCAAACUUCCGAAUAACUGUGGUAGAUGAUGCGGACACCGUUGAGCUCUGUGGUGCACUGAAGAAUAUAGUGGCAGUAGGAGCUGGGUUCUGUGAUGGCCUUCGUUGUGGUGACAAUACCAAAGCUGCUGUUAUUCGCCUUGGCCUAAUGGAGAUGAUUGCCUUUGCCAGAAUUUUUUGCAAAGGACAGGUGUCUACUGCCACUUUCCUGGAAAGCUGUGGAGUUGCUGACCUCAUCACGACGUGUUACGGUGGCCGGAAUCGACGUGUAGCAGAGGCAUUUGUUAAAACUGGAAAGUCUAUUGAAGAAUUGGAGCAAGAAAUGUUGAACGGUCAGAAGCUGCAGGGACCACAGACAUCUGCAGAGGUGUAUCGCAUCCUCAAGCAGAAAGGAAUGCUGGACAAGUUUCCACUAUUCACUGCUGUAUAUCAAAUCUGCUAUGAAGGGAAGCCUGUCAAAGAGAUGAUAUCCUGCCUUCAAAGUCAUCCAGAGCACAUAUAAAAUCAAUCAGGCCAUUGUACUCAUGCAGCUGUUUGCCUUUCAAAUUUGUGUUUGAGUUCAAGUGGAUGCAUCAUUAAGCUUCCUGCAAAGCUGCUCACUAGGCAACAGUAACGACACGAAUGUCUUUGAAUGGGUAUUGGUUUUACUUUUACUGCCUAGUUUGACAUAGCAUGCAGUGUUGUUGGCUUGGUGACUCGUUCUACUGGCUAAAAUAUAGCUGUUUUCAAAAGCGCACUGCAGAAGUUGCACUACAUGCACAGGCCAUACAGAAGUGCUUUGUGUGAGUUCCUGCCAUGUAAAACUCACUAUGUUGUUGUCUCUUGUUAAGGCCUAGUCCAAAAUCCACUGGUUGCUGUGGGAAGAGUCCCACUAGUUUUCAUGGGGACUGAAUCACGCCUUUAGCCUUGAAAUGUUAGGAGACUUUCUUUUAAAACUUUUUUUUUUCCUGUAUACACAUUGAGAUUUUAAUGUUUUCCAUGUUUGUAUUAAUUUAAGCAAUACUGAUGCAUAAAGAAGUGGUGAUAGUUUUCAGGGGGCUACAGGGACCUUCUAGGGAACUCUGGUGAUUAAUAUUAUGACUUAUAGAACUCUUUAAAACUGCCAGACAAUUUUGAAACCAAUUUAUAACUGAAUUUAAAGUUUUUAAAUACGCUGUUUUAAAGGGAAUGUGUUAGAGGGGGAUCAUUAACUCCCCUUCUGUUUUUUAAUCCUUGCAUUUUUGUAUUUCAGUGUUUUUCCUGUGAUGUUCCCAGUUGUUUGGCUCCUCAAAAAUUCCAUUUCCCAAAACAAAUGGGUAACCUUGACCUGGGGGUUCUGAACCCUGGAGCCUAGGGUUCGUUUUAGUCUUGUGCCUGUGGUCAUUCUUCACUAGUAUGAUUUGGUGAGUAGCAAAGGAUGCUCUUGGAGUUUCCAUUGCUCAAUUUGUCAUGCUGCUUUUCUAGCUUAAACACCAGCUACAAAGUGCUGCACUCCACACAACACUCCAAGGAGUAUCCAGGGAAUUCCCUGGUAGCUCAUGCUUGAGUUUUAAAAAGGGUUGUACACCGUUAUGCUGAUGGCAUUCAUUUCAGUGCCUGCCAGUGACUGGUAUAUCAGCUGGACUGCAGUCCUGAACCAGCAUCCCUAGAGAGAUGAAUUCUGAAGUUACUCUUUCUCUGGAUAAAACUUUAGCGGGUGCUGGAUUAAGUCCUUCUGACCUGAAAACUUUGCAAAGCCAUCUGUCUCUUUUAUUCCCUAGAUAUUUCAACUCUUUUUUUUUUUUUUUUUUUUUUUU